AUGAAGAUUCCAUGGCACCGCGCUUUGGUGACUCGGACAACGACUCGUCAGUCUGGGACCGGUUACGGGGCUGGAGCGUUUCGGAGAAAGAGCGUGUCGUCGUCGGCUGCCGCCGGCUCGGCUCGGGCGGAACUCGCUCGGUACGAUUUGUCCCACGCCGAUUGCAACGUCACGACCAACAUUGCCAGUCGCAUCGGCAAACACUUGCAUAGACGGCCCCUACAUCCGCUGUAUAAUAUCCAGCAACGCAUACAGAAUUACUGGGGCAACGGGUUUCAAGUUUACGAUGAUUUGUCGCCGAUUGUGUCGACCGCAAAUAACUUUGAUCGAUUACGGAUUCCUUCCGAUCACGUGAGUCGCAGCGCCUCUGACACCUACUAUCUCGAUCGGCAAACUGUUUUGAGAACACAUACGUCGGCACAUCAAGUAGAUUUGUUGAGAGCUGGUGCAAAUCAAUUUCUGGUGACCGGUGACGUCUAUCGACGAGAUGAGAUUGAUCGAUCACACUAUCCCGUCUUUCACCAGACCGAAGGUGUCAAAAUGUUUGCAAACGAAGUUCUCAGCGGAAUGUCGGAAACGGAACGCAUCGAUUGGAUUGAGCGAGAUUUGAAACAAGGCUUGGAAGGGCUUGCGGCGCAUCUUUUUGGACCCACCGAAAUGCGCUGGGUCGACGCUUACUUCCCUUUUACCCAUCCAUCCUAUGAGCUCGAAAUUUUAUUCCAGGACGAGUGGUUAGAGGUGUUGGGAUGCGGUGUCAUUCACCCUGACAUUGUGACGAAUGCUGGACGAGUUGGCGAGCAAGGAUGGGCAUUCGGACUGGGUCUGGAGCGUUUGGCCAUGGUGCUCUACGGGAUACCAGACAUUAGACUGUUUUGGACCGAGGAUGCACGAUUUCACGAGCAAUUUGCGUCCGGGGAAAUUGUAACCUUUCAGCCAUACUCCAAGUUUCCUGCAUGUUACAAAGAUAUGAGUUUCUGGAUACAACCCGACUUUCACGUGAAUGAUUUAAAUGAACUGGUCCGAGAUGUGGCUGGUGAUUUGGUGGAACAAGUUGAGCUUAUUGACAAUUUUACCAAUCCGAAAUCUAUGAAAACUUCACAUUGCUACCGGAUUUCGUAUCGCUCCAUGGAUCGUUCUUUGACCAACGAAGAGAUCGAUAAGCUGCAAGAAAAAGUACGAAAUUUGACCGAGAAGCAACUUCACGUAGUGUUGCGAUAAACGUUCCUUUCCCGUCAAAUAAUCAUUCUUGCUCGCAUCUU